AAGGUAUUAAAUAUUUUUCUACUAUCAUUUUAUUUACUUUAAAGAAACGAAUCGAUUAUCGACGUAUUUGUCAAGCACUCCUCUUCAACAUUACGUAAUUUUUGUGUUGAUCCUCGACAAAAUAAUUAUUCCACGACACUCAUUUGAUAUACGAAGAUGUCUCCUGAAUGGAGAGCAGAGCUGCUGUCUACACCGAAAAGUUAUUCUGUUUGUAGGUGUGUCCGCACCUAAAAACUGCUGCAGGUUAUGCGAGGACAGUCAUAGAAUAUGUCCUCGUAUCGUGGCCCUUGGGACGGCGGGCCGCCAGGCGCCGAGGCAGAGUACGCGCAGCAGGGCCAGACGCCCGCCGCUCCGGCACCCGCGCCCUCAACCGAUCCUUGGACGGGCGCCAGCUACGCACACUACGCCACUUCUUAUGACUACGGAGCCUACGGCUACGCCUAUCCCUAUGAUUCCACAUAUUAUCAACCGCAAAGUUCGGAUUCAUACUACGGGAAGUACCUUGAUACUAGAGGUUAUUCUACGCGGCAAGAUUAUGAGUAUUCUGCUCGCUCAACCGAUCAUCCUCGUUCACCAACUCGCGCGGACAGCUAUCAGCGGCGGUCAUCAUACCGAUCAAAAUCGAGAAGUGGUUCUCCUUAUCAACGUAGAGAGAGAUCUUAUUCUAGAAAAAGAGAAAGCUAUGACAGUGAUAGACAUCAUAGAACUAGAAGCAGUUCUACUCCAAAACGUAAAAAAUAUUCAUCCAGUGACAGGUCUAGCUCCCGCUCUAAUUCGUACUCUCGUUAUAAACACAGAAGGGCCUCUAAAUCUAGUGAUUCUUCCACGUCUAAAAGAUCUUACAAGAAAAUAUCAUCUAAAAGUAGAGAUAGGUCACUGACCCCAGAUAGUCCAGCUAAUAGAAGUUCUCCACAUUCUCGAAAUAUGUCUAAAAGAAGUCGAACUCCUAGUAAUAAUCAUUCAGUGUCUGUGUCUCCAAAGAAAUUUACAGAAAAAACUAAAUCAAGUAAAGACAAAGUUAAGUCCAGGAGUAGAAAUAUAGUUACUCCUCCUAAAAAGAAACAAAGAUCACCCAAAAAUCCCAGGAAUGAUAGAUCUUCAUUAACUCCACCCAAUAGCUACAAAAGAACUGAAAGAUCUGUGUCUCCUUGUAAAGAUUAUAAGCAUACAGAUAAGAAAGCCGAUAAAAGAAGGAGAAAACGUUCCCAUUCGUCUACUAAAAGUUAUCGCAGUCAUUCCUCUUCAACUUCGAAAUCUCUAUCUAGAUCUUACUCACGUAGUCUUUCCAAAGAGAAAGCAGUCAGUUCACAUGCUAGACGUUCAAAAAGUAGUUCAAGAAGUAAUUCUCGUUCUCCUACAUCAAACAGAUCCACAACUAAACGAAAAAUAAAAAAGUCUUCAAAGCACUCAAGGUCUAGAAGUAACUCUCGAAGACGUUCACCAAGUCAGAGUAAAUCUAAAUCACAUCGUCGUUCCAGGUCUAAAGUAACUAAGAGAUCUCGUAGUCCUCGACCUGACAAAUCUAAUUCACUAUCCCGAAAUGUCAGGUCUCGCAGCCGGCAUGAUGACUCUAGUGAUGAUGAUCGUCGAGGGCAGUUCACAGUUGCAGAUAGAAAAAGAUUCUGGAAAUUGCAUAGAAGCAGACAAGAGGAAAGAGAUAAAGAUAAAUCUCCACCUAAAGAGAUCAAGCCCCCUCCUGGAGCUGUUGAAUCCACACAAAUUGAUGAUAUUGAGUAUGGUGAUCCCCCUGAAGUGGAAGGCCCUAAUUUUGCAGAAUUACUGACACCUGUCGAUCAAGCAAUACCAUCUGCCUCGACAUCGAAAAAACAACUCCCAAUACCUAUAAAGAAUGAUGGGAGCUUCUUGGAAAUGUUUAAAAAGAUGCAAGAGGUUACAAAGAAAGCUGAAGAAGCAAAGAAACCUGAAAUUAAGAAACCCACAUUACCAUUCAUAGGAAAGAGACGGGGAGGCCGGGUGCUAAAGACCGGAUUGGUAAAGAAGGCCAAGGCUAUUGACGAACAGUGUGUAGACAACACUCCUAAAGAUGCAUGGUCCCUUUAUAUGCAAGAAGUUAAGAAGUACAGAGAAACGUCUUGUGAAGAGGAGCGCAAGACACGACCACUCGUCAAAUAACAUUGUAAUCUCUUAGUUAAAAUGUUGGUUUUAUUGUGACCUUUGCAACAUGUAAUUAUGCCUUAUUACUUUUAUUUACGUCUAAUUCACGCUAGAGAUAAUAUUCCUUAGAUUUAAUUAAUUUCUUCAUCUAAUGUGGAACAGGAUUUCUGAAUAAAGAGUUA